AUGAGUGAUAAACUUGCAAAGUUGAAAAAACUGCAAGCUGCUAGAAAUGGUGGUUCAGUAGAAGAUGAUAUAGAUGACACAUAUGAUGAUGAUAAGCUAUAUGAUGAAGUCGAUGAGAAAGAAUAUAGAAACAGGAAGCGGAAAGAAUUACUACAAGAUGAUUUUGUUGUUGACGAUGACGGUGUAGGUUACGUUGAUCGUGGUAUUGAAGAACAUGAAGAAUAUUUCAGCGAUGAAUAUAGUGAUGAUGCUAACAAUAAGAAAUCUUCCAAACAAAAGAAGAAGGCUAAGUAUCAAUCCAAAGUGAAAUCAACCAAUCAAAUUAGUAAUAUGUUGAGAGCCCAUUCUUCCAAAACCACUGAACCAAAAAUAAAGAAGCAGAUACAAAUUGAUGAAUUUGAUGACAUUCUGGGUGAAUUUGAUAGUGGAAUAUCUUCAAAACUUAAACCAACUAUGAGUUCUUCCUCAAGACCUCCAUCUUCUCCUACAAAUCGUAUUGAGAAAAAGAGACCACUUGUUACCACAUCAGAUUUAGAAGUAAAUACAAAGAAACCUAGAGCUGCAUCAAACAGCAACACUGAUUUUUCAAAUAAUAAUUUAAUGAAUUCUUCACCAUUAAAGAAAAGUAUAAAACAAGACGAUGACAUGGAUGAUUUAUUGGAAGAUGUGGCGGUCUCCCCAACGAUGAAAAAGAAUUCAACAGAUUUGCUAAGGAAGUCUAACGACCCAUCUAUAGUUAAUGAUAUUGAAGAUGAUGAAAUGAGUAGUGAUGAUGAUAUCGUGGUUAGAAGAAGAACCGUUAGAAGUGCUGCAGCUACUAGACAGAUUAACUUGAACUCUAGAAGUAAUCCAGGAUCUUCACCAUUUGUCACUGCACCCGGUACCCCUCUUGACAUAAAGUCUAACCUGACAAAAUCAGCAUCACCAAUAAAGAGUACACCAUUACAAUUCUCAAAUAAGUACACAAAGGAGCAAGUUGUUGAUCCUGAAACUAAUUCCUUCAAAAUGUAUUGGUUAGAUUACGCUGAAGUCAAUAACACAUUAGUGUUAUUUGGAAAAGUAAAAGCACUAGAUAAUACUAUGAUAUCUGCUAUGGUUCAAAUCAAUGGUUUAGAGAGAGAUUUAUAUUUUUUACCUCGUGAAGGAAAGACACCUAAUGAUAUCCAUGAGGAAAUUGUUCCACUUUUGAUGGAGAAAUAUGGUUUAAGCAACAUCCGUGCUAAAUCUCAAAAGAUGAAAUAUGCCUUUGAACUACCUGGUAUUCCACAUGAAGCAGAUUACCUGAAAGUCUUGUUACCAUUUAACACGCCGAAAUCAUCCUAUGAUUUGAUUCCACCUGACUUAUCGAGUGAAACUUUCCAUCACGUAUUUGGUGGUAAUACUAAUAUCCUUGAACAAUUUUUAAUUCAAAACAAAAUAAUGGGACCAUGUUGGUUAGAAAUUAGAGAUGGUGAUUUUACCGCAUUGCAAAACGCGUCACAUUGUUCAUUGGAAGUUGCAGUGUCUAAACCAAGUAACACCAAAGUUUUAGAUGAUAUUAAGACAACAGCUGGAUUGAACUGUUGCUCCCUUGCAAUUCAAACCGUGAUGAAUUCCAAAGAAAACAAGCAGGAAAUUGUCUCUAUUUCUAUAUCAACAUACAAAAACGUAACACUAGACGUUCCAAUCCCAGAGGAUUUGAAACCAGAUGAAGUUGUCACACUGGUGAGGCCACCACAAGGUUCUGAUUUUGCAGUCGGUCUGGCUACUCUUGUGAAACAGAAACUUCCUGGUAAUGUUCGUUUAUUCAACAACGAAAAGGCAUUGUUAGCAUGCUUCUGUGCCAUGAUGAAAACAUCUGAUCCAGAUGUCCUUAUUGGUCAUAGACUUGAUAGUAUUUAUUUAGAUGUCCUAGUGCAUAGAUUAUUCGAUUUGUCUGUUCCGACCUUUAGUUCAUUAGGUCGUCGUUCGAGAAAAGAAUGGCCUGAUAAAUUUGGUAGAGGUCAUAACAAUAUGAAUCAUUUCUUUAUUCGUGAUAUUGUCGCUGGUAGGUUAAUUUGUGAUAUCGGUAAUGAAAUGGGUCAAUCCUUGACUCCAAAAUGUCAAAGUUGGGAUUUAGCUGAAAUGUUCCAGGUUACUUGCCAACAAGAACACAAAGCACUUGAUAUCAACUACCAAAAUGCUCAGUACCAGAAUGAUCCUAAUAUUAUGACUAUGGCUUUGCAGGAAAAUAUUACGAAUUCCAUGAUUACUGCUACGAUUUCUUUUAGAAUUCAAAUGUUAUCUUUAACCAAACAACUAACCAAUUUAGCCGGUAACGCCUGGUCUCAGACUUUGGGUGGUACAAGAGCAGGUAGAAAUGAAUAUAUUUUACUUCAUGAAUUCGCAAGAAAUGGCUAUAUAGUUCCUGACAAGGAAACGAGAAAGAUGAAGGCACAUAGACUUGCUAAUACUGAUGAUGGUGAAAAUGAAAAUAAUGACACAUCAACAACCUCUAAAAAGGCAAAAUAUCAAGGUGGUCUUGUUUUUGAACCAGAAAAGGGACUGCAUAAAAACUAUAUUCUUGUCAUGGAUUUCAACUCUCUUUACCCAUCUAUUAUCCAAGAGUUUAAUAUCUGUUUCACCACCGUAAAGAGGAACGUGAAUGAUAUUGAGGAAUUACCAGAUGUUCCACCCAGUGAUAUGGGACAAGGUGUUCUACCACGUUUGCUUGCUACCUUAGUGGAACGUCGUCGUGAAGUGAAAAAGAUUAUGAAAACAGAAUCUGAUCCACAUAAACGUGUCCAAUGUGAUAUCAGACAACAAGCUUUAAAGUUAACCGCCAAUUCCAUGUAUGGUUGUUUAGGUUACAUUCAUAGUAGAUUUUACGCAAAACCCCUAGCGAUGUUGGUUACAAACAAGGGUAGAGAAAUUCUAAUGAACACCAGGCAGUUAGCUGAGAGUAUGGAUCUUAUGGUAGUAUAUGGGGAUACAGAUUCUGUUAUGAUUGAUACUGGGUGUGAAAAUUAUGAUGAUGCAAUCAGAAUCGGUGUUGAAUUUAAGAAACUGGUAAAUGAACGUUACAGGUUACUUGAAAUUGACAUUGAUAAUGUCUUCAAAAAGUUAUUACUACAUGCAAAGAAAAAGUAUGCUGCUCUUAACGUUACUAUUGGUAAAGAUGGUAAGGAGCACACAGUUUUGGAAGUUAAGGGUCUGGAUAUGAAACGUCGUGAGUACUGUCCACUUUCAAAGGAUGUCUCAACUCAUGUGUUAAAUUCGCUACUCUCAGACAAUGAUCCUGAAUCCUCUUUGCAGGAGAUAUAUGCAUAUCUUGAGAAUAUUAGAAGUAAAGUGGAAUCUAAUGAAAUUAGAAUUGACAAAUAUAAAAUUAAUACGCGGUUAUCCAAGGAUCCAAAGGCAUAUCCCAACGGAAAAACUAUGCCUGCCGUUCAAGUUGCUAUGAGAAUGAGAAAAGCUGGGCGAGUGGUAAAAGCUGGUACAGUUAUUACAUUUGUUAUCACUACAGGUAAAGGAGCUGAAGAUGACGUUACCGAUAAAAAUAUGACGGAUAGUGCUCAUUUCGCAUCAAGAGCUUAUGCAUUAAAUGAUGUUAUGGUCAAAAGUAACAAUCUCGUUCCAGAUCCAAGUUACUAUCUGGAAAAACAAAUAUUUGCCCCUGUGGAAAGAUUGCUGGAACGGAUCGAAAGUUUUGAUGUUGUUCGUUUGAGUGAAGCCCUUGGUCUUGAUAGCAAAAAGUUUGCUAGACGUUAUGCGGAUGAUAAGAAUAGUACUGGUGUUCAUAACUUGGAACCCCUAGAGACAACUAUCUCUGAUAUUGAAAGAUUCAAGGAUUCCGCUAAAUUCGAACUAAAUUGUCCAAAUUGUUCACAUUCCUUCCCAUUUGGUGGUAUUAUCGCUUCACGCUUUUACAAAAUGUGUUACAAUGGUGUGCAAUGUAAGAAUUGUGAUCACAUAUUUAAUAUGAUUCAAUUUACAAGUCAAUUAGAAUCGGUUAUCAGAUCACAUAUUUCAUUAUAUUAUGCCAGCUGGCUCUAUUGCGAUGAUUCGACAUGUGGAAAUGUUACUAGACAAAUAUCUGUCUUUGGUAAACGUUGUUUGAAUGAUGGUUGUACUGGUGUCAUGAAGUUCAAAUAUACUGAUAAACAGUUAUAUAACCAGUUGUUGUACUUUAACUCCUUAUUUGAUAUGGAAAAAAAUAAAAUGCAACUAUUGAAACCACUGUAUUAUGAAGGGGAUGAUGAUUAUCCCUCUGAACAGUUAGCGGAAUCCUCAAUUUUAGCAUUAGCCGAGCAAAAUAGGAAACUAUUUGAAGUCAGCCAGGGUGUCGUAGAUAAAUACUUGGACAACUGUGGUCGUCGUUAUGUGGAUAUGGGCUCAAUAUUUGACUUCAUGGUCAACUAA